AGGAGUACGCGCGCGCGCGCACCCUUUUCAUUCGGUGGAGGGGUGGCGUCGAUCUUUUCCUCAUCGAUAAGAAGAGAAAAAGGAAGAUCGGCAGAAGUGGCAGGGAAUAACGAGGAGGGCGAGUCACGUGUGUCUUUCUCGUGGUGUGUCAUGGGGUGCUUUGGCAGCCAGAGCAGUAAGGCCAGUCAGGAUGAUUCGAAGAACCAGAAGAGACGCUCGGAUGCCAUUACCAGGCAACUGCAGAAGGACAAGCAAGUUUAUCGAGCUACUCACAGGCUCCUCUUACUCGGAGCGGGAGAAUCUGGGAAAAGUACGAUCGUCAAACAGAUGAGGAUAUUGCAUGUCGACGGCUUCAGCGAAGCAGAAAAACGCCAGAAAAUCGAGGACAUAAAAAAGAACAUCAGAGAUGCGAUAUUGACGAUAACCAGUGCUAUGAGCACGUUAGCACCGCCCGUGACGUUAGAGGAUCCUGCAAAUCAGAGCAGCGUCGACUAUAUCCUGAACGUCUCGUCUUCCCCGGAUUUUGAUUAUCCCGCGGAGUUCUACGAAAUCGUCGAAACGCUGUGGAAUGAUCGAGGCGUUCAGCAAAGUUUCGAGAGGAGUAACGAGUACCAACUCAUCGACUGCGCCAAAUAUUUUCUAGACAAAGUAGCUAUUGUAAAACAACCGGACUACACGCCAACGGAACAGGAUAUCUUGAGGUGUCGAGUUCUUACGUCCGGUAUCUUCGAAACCCGGUUUCAGGUGGACAAAGUAAACUUUCACAUGUUCGACGUUGGUGGACAACGCGACGAAAGGAGAAAAUGGAUACAAUGUUUCAAUGACGUAACGGCGAUCAUAUUUGUAACAGCAUGUAGUAGUUAUAAUAUGGUACUCAGGGAAGACCCGACGAAAUUAAGGCUCCGGGAAAGUCUCGAUCUCUUCAAAAGUAUUUGGAACAAUCGAUGGCUCCGCACAAUUUCCGUGAUUUUAUUUUUGAAUAAACAGGAUCUAUUGGCAGAGAAGAUAAAAGCGGGAAAACAUAAAUUGGAGGAUUAUUUUCCUGACUUUUCUCGUUACCAGACGCCGGUCGAACCUGGCGUAGUCACAGAUCCCUCGGAACCUCCCGACGUCUUAAGGGCCAAGUACUUCAUCAGAGAUGAAUUUCUCCGUAUAAGCACAGCCAGCGGAGAUGGUAAACACUAUUGCUACCCACACUUCACCUGCGCCGUUGACACAGAAAAUAUCAAGAGAGUGUUCAACGAUUGUCGGGACAUCAUUCAGCGGAUGCACUUACGUCAAUACGAGCUCUUGUGACUUCAUUCCUGCCGACAUGUUGUCCGGUUGAGCUUUCGUCUCACCGUUAUGCACCGCUGCACCAACUACGCGAGCCCUUCUCGAGCCCUUUUCGAGCCAUAUGAGAGAAGAAAAACGAGAGAUGUGGCCGCAAAGUCUCCUAUCGUUAAGGAUAUAUUCUCGUGCCGCUAAAUAAUAUAGCCCGAACCGUAUCGGUAAAACGCACGAGUAAAAAAAUGACCUCGUCAUCGUCCGACCUCGUCGUCGUCGCCCGACCUCGUCGCACGCGACUAAGUAUACACACGCAACGUCGAGAGAAGAAGGAAGAAUAAAACCCUCUCGUCGAGUAAGAAACAUUUUUUUCUCCGCUACGGGACUUAUACUACGCUACUUUUUUCCACAAAUGGAAUUUUUACGAUUCGUGGGGAAAAAUGACGGAUCUCCUAUGCCAACGAAGGAAUACGGAGGAAAAAAUUUUUCUCCCUGCGAAAUCGUUCAACAAGCCCUGACACACAAUACGUCUACCACCACCACCACCUCCUCUCUUUUCCAUUUCCAAUUUUGCUAUUAUUUGUGCAUAUUAUUUGUGUACAUACUUGACACACCUACUCUAUUUCACACAUUUGGCCAAUUUUCUUCCUUUUUUUCUGUUUUCUUCUUUCUUCUUUCUUCUUUUUUAGAUUCGAGGAGAGUGUGCUGAAUGGCUGAGCGGCCGCCCUUACAACCGGCCGCUGAGAACUCGUGCAAUUCUAAUUAUUACCUCGUUAAUUUUAUUCAUAUUACGCAUCAAUUCGUUGAUAAGAGCAAAGAGAAGAUAAGCGAGGAUCGUGAUAUAUAUACAUAUAUAUACAUAUAUAUACAUAUAUAUAUAUAUAUAUAUAUAUAUCUCUCAUAGAUUAUUAAUGUUUAUUACAAACUGCAUACGUCGUCCUGUGCAAAACGUAUGUUCUUCGUAAAAUACACUCUUUUUAUUUAAACGUCGCGGCUCGGCUUAGAUGGUAAGAACAUUUCUUAAGACUUUGGCCGUUUUUCUCUUACACCCCUAUUCCUUCCCUCAUUCUCUAGGAUAUAUAUCCUUUUUUUAAUAUAGAAAUGGAAAUCAAUCGAAUCCCUAAAAUCGUCGUCGAAAUCUUACCUCCGUUUCAACUUUCUUCUGCUUCUUACUCUUGUUUUUUCGUUUACUCGUCGUUGUUGUUGCUUCUUAAGAUUCUAUCGAAAUCUCCCUAUAUCCCUGGCUAUUCGUUUUCUACAUCCGAAUCUCGACUUUUGAUCGCAUCGGUCCAACCCACAUAGGAGUCUCAUCCACACCUUUUUACGAGAAAAGUAUUUUGUGAAAUUUUACAGUAUUUCGAAGAGUGUUUUAAUUAUAUGUAUAAACUAUGUAUCGAAUAUGUACAGGGUGACCGUCCAUGAAUUCAUCUUUUUUAUCUAUGUUUCCUACGAUACAAGGAUUCCUCGUUAUAUGUCAUUUUUUACUAAUUUCCGUCGGAUCGUUUGAUAACGUGUAUCUAGAUGCAUAACGAUACUAAUAUAACUAUUAUGCGUGUAUUCGAAUUAAUAGAAAAACUGCACCGUCUUUAAGUUUCUUGUUAUACUAGUAUCAUAUUCUGAAUUUAGAAUGAGAGUACAUUUAAUGGCGAGAGAAAAAUAAAUAGGAAAAAUGUUCGUUUUAAAUCUAACUGUCGAGAGAGAAUAUGUUCGUUACCGUCCGGCGUAGCUUUUUCAAAAUAAGUUUUUUUCGUUUACGCGUUUAUUUGCCUUGUUUCUAUUUAUUAACUUUGAAAGGGUAGAAUAGUUCGAGCCAUGUAUACUUUUAUGAAACGCGACCAGAUUCGUGAUUUUCUUUUUAACAUUUGGAACACCCUGUGUAUAUGGAAAGAAAUGAGCCUACUUUUCCCCUUGAUUUUUACUACAUACGUUUUUUUUUUUUUUUUAAAUAUGUUGUUGAAAAAUUACAUACAGCUAAGGGUCUCUGUGUUAUUACAAAGGUAAUGAGCGAUAUGAAAACCAUCAUACAUAAAGCAGUGACUUGACACGUUUAUAAGUGUCGUUCUUAUUUCUUACGCAUAAAGAUAAACGGCUGACACUGAAAACAUUGAAAUAGUCCUCCAAGUGCUUUUCUUCUUUUUUUUUUUUUUUUAACGUUUCUUUGUAAUUUUCAGACACAACGCGAUAGUAGUCUGUAUUCUAUAUUUUACUUUACAAACCAAACUUUAUCUCUCGUAUUAAUAGAAAAAAUUUCUUUUAUAUAAUAACAGUUGAUUCAUUUAUAAUCUCUUCGAGUGUUGUAGAACAUUCUUCUUUUCAGCGCAAAAUCACUAUGACUAUAUCGAAUAUUUUUUUUAAUCUAUUAACUGUAGUUCUUCAUUAUGCAGUAAAGUGGAAAUAACAAAAGUAUAAACUUCUUGAGCAUAGUGUAAGAGAUUCGUCAAAGUAUUUGUUAAAUUUCUUAUUGAAAUUUUCCAAGAUUUUUUUUAGACUCGCGAUUAAAAGAAUAGAGAAGAGAAAGAAAUAAAAAAAGGAAGGGAAAGGAAAGGAAAGGAAAGGAAGAUAAAUUCUACUGUCGAACUGACGUAGUUCGUAGUACAAAAUAGAAUUUGUCGAUUAAUGAUAAAAACGUUUAAACGGAUACCCUGUACAUGUAUACUUGCCCACAUACAUAUAUACAUACAUCUGCAUUAAAUGUAUUUUUGUGUAUCGAUAUUGAUGGGUGCGCUCAUACAUGUAUGUGUACCUAUCAUACUAAAUACAUUAAGAAACACAACUCA